AUGUGUUACGAGGAACACCAUAGCCUCCUGAGGUUGGCUGAGCAUAAACAAGGCUGCCACAAGAGCCCAGGAAAGGAGAGAUCAGUGUCAUCCUUUCCCAUACAUGCCCAGGAGCAGCGCAGGUUUUCUACAGUCCCUGCUAUCCCCUUGGCCAAAAGAGAUACUUGGCCAAAGAAUGUGGGCAUCCUUGCCCUGGAGGUCUAUUUCCCAGCCCAAUAUGUGGACCAAACAGACAUGGAGAAGUUUAAUGAUGUGGAGGCAGGGAAGUACACAGUGGGCAUGGGCCAAACCCAGACGGGCUUCUGCUCAGUCCAGGAGGGCAUCAACUCCCUGUGCCUGACGGUGGUGCAGCAGUUGAUGGAGCUCACGCAGCUCCCAUGGGAAUCUGUGGGCCAGCUGGAAGUGGGCACUGAGACCAUCAUCGACAAGUCCAAGGCUGUCAAAACAGUGCUCAUGGAGCUCUUCCAGGAUUCAGGCAACACUGACAUUGAGGGCACAGACACCACCAGUGCCUGCUACGGUGACACUGACUCUCUCUAUUCAGUGGUUUCUCCCAAGUCUCUGAGUGGGAAAGAGAUUGACAAGGACAGUGUAGAUGUGAUCUCUGCUUCUGACCUGGCCAACCAUCCACCUGGGGGCCCUCAGAUAGGAGAAGGUGGUUCUGGGACUCACCAAGAAGUUCUGGACCAUUCCAGAGAGACAGUAGAGUAUGAGGGAAGGAAAGAGUGUCACUAUGCCCUGGUGGUCUGUGGAGACAUCGCAGUGUACUCCAGUGGUAAUAUUCACCCCACAGGCAGGGCUGGAGCUGUGGCAAUGCUGGUUGGGCCCAAGGCCCCUCUGGCCCUCGAGAGAGGGCUUAGAGCAACCCACAUGGAGAAUGUAUAUGACUUCUACAAAGCAGAUAUGACUUCAGAGUGCCCACAAUUGGAUGGGAAGCUCUCCAUCCAGCGCUACUUACGGGCCCUGGACCAAUGCUACAUGUUAUACCGUCAAAAGAUCCAAAACCAGUGGGAGCAAGCUGGCAUCGAUCGACAUUUCACUUUUGAUGAUUUAUAGUUUAUGAUCUUUCACACACCCUUCUGCAAGAUGGUCCAGAAAUCCCUGGCUCACCUGAUGUUCAAUGACUUUCUGUUAGCCAGUAGCAACACACAGACCGGCCUCUAUAAGAGGCUGGAAGCCUUCAGGGGGCUAAAGCUGGAAGACACUUACACCAAUAAGGACGUAGAAAAAGCAUUUCAAAAGGCCUCUCUAGACAUGUUCAACAAAAAGAGCAAGACCUCCCUCUACCUCUCCGUACACAACGGGAAUAUGUACACUUCAUCCCUGGAUGGAUGCCUGACCUCACUUCUGUCCCCUCACUCUGCCCAGGACUUGGCUGGCUCCAGGAUUGGUGCCUUCUCUUAUGGCUCUGGCUUAGCGGAAAGUUUCUUUUCAUUUCGGGUGUCCCAGGAUGCUUCUCCAGGCACCCCCCCGGAGAAGCUGGUAUCCAGUACCUCAGACCUGCCAAAAUGUCUCGCCUCCCGGAAGCGUAUGUCUCCUGAGAAGUUUACAGAAAUAAUGGACCAAAGAGAACAAUUCUACCACAAGGUGAAUUUCUCACCACUUGGUGACCAAAACAGCCUUUUCCCAGGCACUUGAUACCUGGAGCAAGUGGAUGAAGGGUAUCACCGAAAGUAUGCCUGGCGUCUGGUCUAA